CACUAUUUUCAGGAGCUGAUCGCCGUGGAACAAAUCCUUGCAUGGAUGAGAUUGAUGUGGUGGUCCAGUGGGACCGCGACAAGUCCAAAAACACAGUGGCCUUGAACGACCUGGUGCUGAGGAAGAAUGCUUCCCUGAAAAUUGGAGCUACUGUAAAGAUGAAAUGGAGAAAGGGGUGGUGGAAAGGGAGGGUGGAGCAAAUUAUCUCUAACCGUGAAGAGGAGCCGAUGGACAUUGAGGGGGAAGGCAUGACCGAAGAAGAUGAUAGUGAGGAAGAUGAAGAGGAUGAUGAUGAAAAUGUACCAUUGGCAUCAUAUGUGAAACGCAUCUGCUCCAUUCCACAAAUCGAAGAAAUGGAAGUCUUCACAGAGUUAAGUGCAGGAGGUCAAGGCUAUGCAGUCCAACAAGAACAGCCUCGUACUGUAGUCCAGAGUCACCUUGCAGAAGAGCUAAUGGAUACUGAGGUGGAAGAGAUUACUGAAGAGGAAGAUAGUGAGGAUGAUGAUGAAAAUGUACCAUUGGCAUCAUAUCGAAGGGUAACACUGAUCGAAGGCGGAGAAGGCUGUGCCGUCCAGCCAGACCAUCCCUUUACAGUAGUCCAGAGUCACCUGGAAAAGAACUCCCUCCUUGAAGAAUGUCCCAGGCUCCCCCCAAAAUCUGCAACAGUGCAGGAACAAGGAAGGGUAACACUGAUCGAAGGCGGAGAAGGCUGUGCCGUCCAGCCAGACCAUCCCUUUACAGUAGUCCAGAGUCACCUGGAAAAGAACUCCCUCCUUGAAGAAUGUCCCAGGCUCCCCCCAAAAUCUGCAACAGUGCAGGAGCAAGGAAGGGUAACACUGAUCGAAGGCGGAGAAGGCUGUGCCGUCCAGCCAGACCAUCCCUUUACAGUAGUCCAGAGUCACCUGGAAAAGAACUCCCUCCUUGAAGAAUGUCCCAGGCUCCCCCCAAAAUCUGCAACAGUGCAGGAACAAGGAAGGGUAACACUGAUCGAAGGCGGAGAAGGCUGUGCCGUCCAUCCAGACCAUCCCUUUACAGUAGUCCAGAGUCACCUGGAAAAGAACUCCCUCCUUGAAGAAUGUCCCAGGCUCCCCCCAAAAUCUGCAACAGUGCAGGAACAAGGAAGGGUAACACUGAUCGAAGGCGGAGAAGGCUGUGCCGUCCAUCCAGACCAUCCCUUUACAGUAGUCCAGAGUCACCUGGAAAAGAACUCCCUCCUUGAAGAAUGUCCCAGGCUCCUCCCAAAAUCUGCAACAGUGCAGGAACAAGGAAGGGUAACACUGAUCGAAGGCGGAGAAGGCUGUGCCGUCCAGCCAGACCAUCCCUUUACAGUAGUCCAGAGUCACCUGGAAAAGAACUCCCUCCUUGAAGAAUGUCCCAGGCUCCCCCCAAAAUCUGCAACAGUGCAGGAACAAGAUAUUCAUGAUCCAGACCAGCCAAGUUGUGAAAGCCUCCUUUGUGAAGAUUCUCCAGUUACAUUUUUCAUCAGAAGGAAGGUGAUCGAGGCAUACUUCUGAAAGAAGCUAAGUAACUUUAUUCACAUACAUGUGUAUUAGGUUUUUUCUUUUUAACACGGGCAACAAACUGUGCUGUAGUAACAAUUGCAAUUAUUUUUCCAUGCAGAUAAUGGUCCAGCAUCUCUUGUCUGCAUUUAAUUUAACUAGAAUCACAUAACUGUACCUGACUGAUAUGUGCAGUCAGUAAUUCUUAGUGUACUAUUUAGAUUGCAAUUGCUAUCAUGGUUUGCAACCGCAUGAAUGGCUUUUUGAAAGCUUCAUUUGUGUAAAUCUUACUGUGCCAGUUAACAAUUCAUUGUGUCAUUUCUUAAAGGAAUAAUAAGAUGCAUUGCAAUUAGGACCUGUACUGCUGUCACAGUGAUGGUCAUUGAAUUUUGGACUGGUUGUAUUACCAGUCACAGAAUAGAUCCAGAGUAUGGCCCUUUUCCCUUUCAACUAUAAGCAGGGAAGUAUAUUCCACUUUCAGUCUUUUGAUAUACUUAAAAAAAACGAAUCUUUUAUUGUUGAUAACAUA